AUGGCUGCAUUUGCAACCGCAGAAGCGUGUGACAGCAACGCAGAACUAAUAUCAAACGGCGACCUACGCGCUCUCUAUCCAAAUUUCAAGAUCUACGGCCAAAGAAGAUGCUUCUCAGGACCAAUCGUGACACUCAAGGUAUUCGAAGACAAUGUCCUAGUCAGAUUCCAUCUAGAGACAAAAGGAGAAGGCAGAGUCUUGGUCAUAGACGGUGGUGGAAGCACCAGAUGCGCGCUUGUCGGAGGAAACCUGGGACAGUUAGCUCAGAACAACGGGUGGGCAGGAAUUGUUGUGAAUGGAUGCGUUAGGGAUGUUGAUGAGAUCAAUGACUGCGAUGUUGGAGUUAGGGCAUUGGGAUCUAACCCGUUGAAGUCUAGCAAGAAAGGUAAUGGAGAGACUAAUGUGCCUGUUCAUGUUGGAGGAACUUUGAUUAGAGAUGGAGAGUGGCUUUAUGCUGAUAGUGAUGGUAUCUUGAUCUCCAAGACCGAGCUCUCCAUUUGA